AUGGGUGGUCCCAUACCAGGGGCGGCCGGAGGAACACCGGCUACAGAGGGCCAAACGUAUUGUCUGCGCUGGAACAACCAUCAGACAAAUCUAGUGCAGAUCCUGCAUGCCCUGCACGAGGUGGGCAGCUAUGUGGACUGCACCAUUGUGGUGGACGAUGAACAGUUUAAGGCGCAUCGCGUGGUGCUGGCCGCCAACUCGCCCUAUUUCCAGAGCAUACUGCAGGAUGUGCCCCAGGAUCAGUGCAGCAUCAUUUUGCCGGGCGUGAAGGGGUUCGAGAUUGCGGCACUGCUGCAAUAUAUGUACACGGGCGAGACGACGGUGACAAAGAGCCAGGAGCCAGAGAUACUGCGCACCGCCAAGGAGCUGCAAGUCAAAGGGCUCUACGACAAUCUCAUGAAGUUCAAUCACAAGGCAUCCUCCACAGCCAACGUAGCCACCCCUUCGAGCUCCAGCACCUUGAACAAGGCGGCUGCUUUGAACGGUGGUGAUGCAUAUGGCCCACAUGGUGGCAGCAUCAGCAACACCAACUCCUCUUCAGUGAUCUCAACCUCGACACACAUUUCACCCAGUGCUGCCAUCUCGAGCAGCUCCUCCCCACCGCCGCCGCCUUUCGGUGGAUACCAAGCGCCACCAUACACGAACCUCUAUCGUAAAUCCCCCGGCCCCAUUGGCACCCAUCAUUCGGCAGCUGAAGCACCCUUGACACCCACCCAUAGCACUCCACAUGCGGCAGCAGCCGGCGAGGCAGGCCAGUGGCCCAUGUCGCCAUCAGCCGCUGCAGCUGCGAUGCUCAAUUCAGUCUAUGAGUCAGCCGCCGACAUGAAUCCGCUCAAGCGCAAGAAGCUGUCCGCCAUAUCGAGCAUGUUUAUGAAUCGUGAUACCCCCAUUUUGCGGAAUGUGCUGGCACAGGCCAAUUCGGCAGACUCCUCGCAGCCCAAUCCCCUCCUCUUGCCGGGCGUCUUCAAGAACGAGAAGAGCAACACCUCGGCAGAGAAGACCCCCACACAUCAGCAUAGCAGCAGUGGUGGUGGCAACAGCCACAGUUUCAAUGGAUCCGACUAUGGUGGUGAUAAGGAACCGCUAUCUCCACACACAGACCGCUCCUUCGACGAGGACACUGGCAAUCAGUCCGGUGGCGGCAGCAAGAAGCCCGAAUGGAAGCGGUACAAGCAAUACACCCGCGCCGAUAUGAUGUGUGCCAUCCAGUGUGUCCGCGAGGGCAUGAGUGCCCUCCAGGCUAGCCGCAAGUUCGGCCUGCCCUCUCGCACCCUGUACGACAAGGUGCGCAAGCUGAACAUCACCACCGGACGUGGCACCCAUCGCACACCUAAGCGCAGUCCACCCAGUGUUGAAUCAUCGGCAGCGUUCCCCUAUGCCGCCGCCGCAGCGGCCGCCCACAAUUAUGGCCAAACGGAGCAGCAGCUGCUCUCGGCCAUGCAUGAGGAGCGCGAGGCCAAGGAGCACUCAUCGCAUGGUCAUCGCAGCGAGAGUCAUCACAGCAUGCCACCAACCAUUCCCCAUUCGGCGGCAGCUCUGCUGGAUCAUGCCUUCCUGCAGCAGGCCCUGGAGAAUCGUGGCGGCGACAUUGCAGGACGCGAAGCUCUACAUGCUAUGGCCCUGGCGGCCGCGGCACAUGCAGCGGCUAAUCGCAUGUCCAAUAGUCCACCCGGCUCCAACGGGCAUUCGGCACGCUCGCCCAGUCCGGCACUGUCGCGCCACUACGCCCAGGAGCAGGAGAAGCACGGCGAGCGUCUGAUCAAGCGUGAGACUCUCGAACAGGAUGAGCGCGACGCUGACGAUGAGGACGAUCAUGUAGAGGACUUGUCGUUGGCUCGCAAGCAGCGCGUCAUUUCGCCGCACAUAAUGCUGCACAAGCGUCCGGAAUCCCCCUACUCGCCACCCCCACCCCCACCCGCACGCUCAGGUUCGCCCAUGGAGUGUGCCGCCAGUGUCAUAAUGCCUCCUCUGAGCAGCAGCAGUGGCGACAACCACUCGACCAAUGGCAAGGAGAGGGAGCGAGAGGCGCAGCACUACAACGAUGAGGCCUCUACGCCUCCGCCCUCAUCGGCCAUGUCGGAGCACGCGGUGGCGCUCAAGCGCGAACUGCUGGCCGAGUCCGAGGCCCGCAAUGACUGAUUGAUGCUUACCAUGGCCUGGCAAUAUGCGGCCGACAGCUACGAUUCCAUAUUCAAUUCGCAGGCAUCGCCGGAUUAG